CCACUCGGCUGGUACUUGGCUUCAAGAAUAGAGCACGCCUCCCUCCUGGUCCUCGAGGGUUGCCCAUCCUGGGGAACGCCCUGCAACUGGCCUCCGUAUCACAAAUAUGGCUCAUGUUUGAUAAAUGGAAGUCUCAAUACGGCCCCAUCAUAUAUCCAUCUGGCAGGUCAACACAUCGUUGUUCUGAACACUAAAGCUGCGGCGUUAGAACUUCUGGAACGCCGAUCCGCAAUUUACUCAGAUCGGCCAAAGAGUAUUGUAGGCGAAUAUGUUGGAACAGCAAUAACAAUGCCCUUCGUAAGAUAUGACAAACGAUGGCAGCGAAUGCGCCGCGCAGCUCAUGCAGUUCUGAAUGUUCGCGCUAGUGCACAAUAUCAACCUGUUCAAAUUGAAGAAGCUGUUAUUUUUGCACACAAAUUGCUGUAUGACACGUCUACCCCGUUGUUCACAAAGAUAGCCAGAUCGGCUUCUACUAUGAUUUCGGUCAUAUAUGGUAAACAGCUUUUAGAAUCCUCCGAGAAGUCAAAGCAAUCAGAUGCGCUCACGGAAAAGCAUUCAUCCGAAACUUCCGGUCCUUCUUCAGACCCACUUCAUGCUCUUCUGGACACUGUGCAUACAUUCACCAACGCUCUGGCUCCGGGCUCCCAUCUAGUGGAAUUCCUACCAAUAUUAGAUUAUCUUCCUACGGCAAUGGCAAGAUGGAAACGAAAUGCCAAACGCGACUUUCAACAAACCGCAAGUGUAUAUGAAAGUUAUUACAAUUUGACAGUUAAUUCUAGUAAUCCGCAACCCAACCUUUGCAUGAGCCUUGCAGAAAAUGAGGUUGCGGGUGAGUUGACUGCAGUUGAGAAGGUUUGGGUGACUGGGGCAAUCUCUGCUGCUUCUCUCGACACUACCACUGUCACCUUAUCGUACUUUCUGUACGCCAUGAGCCUUUACCCCAAAGUGCAGGAGCGUGCACAAAAUCUAUUGGACGAGGUUGUAGGGAGGUCAAGGAUGCCAAAUUUUGAUGAUAUGAAACAGCUUCCAUACAUCAGGGCAAUUGUCAAAGAGGUUCUGAGAUGGCAGCCUGUAACACCCUUGGCUAUACCACAUGCUGCGAUGGAGGACGAUUGGUACGAGGGUUAUUUCAUACCCAAAGGAACCAUCGUAUUCCCCAACGUAUGGUCAAUGAACCGCGACCAAGAGACAUACGGUCCAGAUGCUGAUCAAUUUUCGCCUGAGCGUUUCAUCCAAAAAUCGGAAACGGGAAACGGAUUUGUACUUUGUCCUGAAUUCGAAAAUAAUGAUGGUCAUUUCAGCUAUGGAUUUGGAAGGCGGGUAUGUGUUGGACGACACGUUGCUGAGAACUCGCUGUUCAUCACUGCAUGCACGAUUUUGUGGGCACUACACAUCGAGCCCAAGGCCGUUACUACUCCAAUGUCUAAACAUGGAGCAGCUCAAGAUAUAUUAAAUUCCACACCAGAUUUCGAUUGUCAUUUCUCUCUUCGGUUUCCAGAAGUAGAAGAUAUUCUCCAGGAUACACUGGCAGGAAGCAAUGUGUCAGUGUCCUGAUCAUAUAUGUUUUUCCUCAUAAGUAGGCUUAAGUAGGUAAGUAGAAACCAACAACUUGAAAGUAAUGAAUCAUGUACGAUAUCAGUGAGACCGGGAAAACUUUUGCUGAACCCAUAAUCCAAAUCAUCGGUCUCUGCUUUGAAUCUCUCCGGGAAAAAUAACAUGUAUAGUCAUACAGACCCACCCUGCUACACUCUAUCUGCCUGCAAUGCUCUUCCAGGUUGAGACUAUGCUGCACUACAUUACACUUCACCUUUUGUAGCCUUUUGUCUCUCACCCUUAUACACAUCCCAAUUUUGGGCGACAAACACGACACUCUACAUCCAUGACGACAACGGCGGGGUUGAACACCGUUGAAGAGCUUCGGAACGUCGAGUAUUUUUUCUGUCUCAUUAUUAAAUUCGCACAAAGCGAAUCAAGCUGAACGUGGGACUAGGA